GGCAUUUCUACAACAACGUGCUGAUGGCGAGCAUGUUUGGUCUGAUCUGCGUCCUGGGGAUCAUCGGCAACGCCGUGGUGCUCUGUACCACCGUGAACAAGAUCCGCUUCCGCGCACAGCAGACCGUGCCUGACAUCUUCGUGUUCAGCCUGUCCGUGGUGGACCUCCUAUUCCUGCUCGGCAUGCCCUUCCUCAUCCACCAGCUGGUGGGCAACGGCUCGUGGUGCUUCGGCGGCACCAUGUGCACGGUGAUCACGGCGCUGGACUCCAACAGCCAGCUGGUGAGCACCUACAUCCUGACGGUGAUGAGCCUGGACCGCUACCUGGCCACGGUGCACCCCAUCCGCUUCAACCACCUGCGCACGCCGCGCGCCGCCGGGGCUGCCGUGGGCCUGGUGUGGCUCUUCUCGCUGGCGUCUAUCACGCCCGUGUGGAUGUACGCCGGCCUGAUGCCGCUGCCGGACGGCUCGGUGGGCUGCGCCCUGCUGCUGCCCCGCCCCGCCACCGACACCACCUGGUUCACACUCUACCAGUUCGUCCUGGCCUUCGCGCUGCCGCUGGCCGUCAUCUGCGGCGUGUACGUCCGCAUCCUCCACAGCAUGUGGGCCACGGUGGCGCCGCUGCCCCAGCGCCGGCGCCGAGCGCGGACCCGCAAGGUGACCCGCCUGGCGGUGGCCAUCUGCCUGGCCUUCUUCCUGUGCUGGGCGCCGUACCACACGCUGCAGCUGGUGCACCUGGGCGUGCAGCGGCCAACGCCGCUCUUCGUGUAUGCCUACAACGUGGCCAUCAGCUUGGGCUACGCUAACAGCUGCAUCAACCCCUUCCUCUACAUCCUGUUGAGCCAGAGCUUCCAGAGGCAGCUGAUGGUGGCUGUGCGGCACAAGCACCGCCGCCUCCGUGUGGAGCCCGCCACCGCGCCGAACCCCGCGCCGAAUCCCGUGCCCGACCGCCCCACGCUGGAGAGCCUGGCCCCUGGCCCCCUGAUCUCUGGAUGUCUGGCUCCUGAACGGCUUGUCCCUGAGGGCCUGGCCCCUGAACGUCUGGCUCCUGAAUGCCUGGCCCCUGAACACCUGGCCCCUGGCCGUCUGGCCCCUGAGGGCCCCUGCCAGCCCCCUGGCUCACGCUCCUUCCAGGAAAUGGCGCUGCCCGUGGUGGCGCACUGA